CUCAUUCUUGUAAUUUUCAGAUAGAUAAAAUCUGUAAAAUGGGAGAAGUGUCAAAUAGAUUUUCUAUGCGGAGUCUUCGUGCCUCAUUAGCUUCUGAUACUAUGGCACCAAGAUUAUCCCGGGUGAGACAGGAGGAAUCUGUUACAGCGUACACUGCUGUUCCUAAACAAGUUCUUAAUCUGGUGGAUGUGCAGAUCAAAUCAGCUGAUACUUCCAACAGGACAAUGCUGCGCACAGUUACAACAUUCAAGCAUGAGACAAGUAGGGAGAGAAAACGAAGACGAUGGAAGGAAAAAAUGAAGAAUUAUUCAGAGCAAACCAAAUCAACUAAAAACAAGGUUGAGGGUUGGGCUUACUUACCUGAUCUUAUCUUAGAACAAAUAUUCCAAUAUCUUACAUACAAGGUAG